AUGAUUCUUGGCGAUUUGACAUACGCCCUCCGUCUUAAUGCGCGCUUUCGCAGCGGCGGCGCAUCGCAGAAGUCGGGACCCCAGAGCAGAAGCCCGACCUCCUCGAGUGCCGGAAUCCCUCAGUCGCCGACGACUCUGUCGCAGGGCAGCCAGUCCUCAUCCAGCUUGGCCCCCAAGGUGCCGCCCCUGCCCCCAUCACCAUCAUUCUCCCAGAGUGUUGGCCUAGACGACGCCGCCAAGGCCACAGCAACCGGGCAAGAAAUCCUCGACUCAUAUCAACUACCCCGCCCUCUGCCCCUAUGGCUGAACUCAACUUACGCAAAGCACAUCGUCAAGGGUAACUUCAUGACGUUGAGUGCCCGGCCCAAGACGGUAGAGCAGGGCGAGUGGAUUGCGCACCAAGUCGUUGAGCACUACCGUAAUCUCUGGAACUUUGUCCGAGUCGUCCAUGAGAAGGAGGAUGACGGAACAGCUGUCUGCGACGCGACGUCGUGCCCUCGCAUGUCAGCCGGAGCCAACCACUCCUUCACCUGGCUCAACAGCCGCCGCGAGCCGGUCGAACUGCCGGCCCACGAAUACAUGACACUGAUGCAGCGCUGGAUCUCUGGCAAGAUUGACGACCUCGCCAUCUUCCCCACGGACCCUUCGGGCGUCUCCUUUGCGCACAACCCCUCCAUCACCACGACGCCGCUGUCCCAGCUCUCCAGCCCUGGUGGCGAGCCCGACUGGAUCGGCAAGCGCUCGGGCUUCCCCAAGAACUUCAUCGACGUUUGCCAGACCAUCUUCCGCCAGAUGUUCCGCGUCUACGCCCAUCUGUACUGGGCUCACUUCACCGACCCCUUCUACCACAUCAACCUCGAGAAGCAGCUCAACAGUUGCUUCAGUCACUUUGUCCUCACGGCCACGGCCCUCGACCUGCUCAAGUCCCACGAGCUCGAGCCCAUGCAGCCCCUCAUCGACAUGUGGGCCGCCAACGGCACGUUUCCCCCCGAGAGCAAGGCCUACGAGUACGCGAACCUCAAGGCUGGCGAGAGACUGCUGCAGCUCGCUGGCGUCGUCUAG